AUGUCCACACCGAAGUUUCUAACUCCUGAUCCCACGCUCGAAUCCAACAAUGCUUCUUCCGACACCCCCCUCUGCGUCACCAUCCGCUUUUCAGCCUCCAUUACCGACCUCCCCCUCGACAUCUUCUCCCCAGAGACCACUACAACCGCCGGUCUAAAGCAACUCAUCCGCACUCGUCUCCCCCCGUACCUCUCCUCCCACCGUCUUCGUUUAAUCUACGCCGGUCGUGGUCUGGAAGACGCCACCACUCUAGCUGCAUCUCUCAAACUUUCGCCCUCAUCCGCCCGCUCCACUCCGCGGCCCCUCUCUGAAGAUGACUGCACGGCAACAGCAAAGGGCAAGGGCAAGGCUCCCAUCCGCGACCAACCCCGCUUGUAUAUCCACUGCUCGAUCGGCGACAUUGUGCUCUCCGCCGCCGACCUCGCCGCCGAAGCAGCCCUCGCGUCCACUCUGCGGCAACCACAAGAUGCACAAUCGGAACUUGAAGGCAACGAUGGGUCGUCGUCUGGUUCUCGAUCAAGAAAUCGGGAGUCAUUAUCACAGCAGCCGGAAUCUAUGACAACGACGCCCGCGCCCCGAGGGUUCGACCGGCUGCUGGCGGCCGGGUUCACACCCGCCGAGGUGACGGCGUUGCGGUCUCAGUUCAUGGCCAUACAGGCGGUUUCGCGGACGCCGGAUACGAUGCCUAGUGGGUCGGAGCUGCGCGAGUUGGAGGAUAGGUGGAUGGAUGAGGGAUCGUCGGCGAUGGCGGCCGAGGGAGCUGCUGGUGCUGGGGCUGCGGGUGGCGGGGAGGGAAUCUCGUUUGCGGACGACGACGGUGGGUUCGGGCCUGGGUCGAGGGGUGCGAUGGAUGAUAUGCUUUGGGGAGCGGUGAUGGGAUUCUUCUGGCCCGUGGGGUGUGCCAUGUGGUUGCGGCGAGAGGAAGGGGUUUGGAGUUGGCGAAAAGGGUUGGCCGUGUUUGUUGGGGUGGUAGUGAACAUCGCCUUUGGGGCGAUGCGGAUUAUGAACUAG